AUCUUGGGCACCAUACAAACUCACAAACAAACUUUUAUCCUCCAUCUUCUUCUUUCUCUCUCAUCUUCCCAACUUUACAACUUUUUUUUGUUAAAUUUCUGAAUUUUAAUGGAAAUUUGACAAUCGUUUUACAUUCUCUGCUUUUGGGUUUCCUGGAUUUUGACUGAAUGACCUCCCCAUGCCUUUAUUAGAUAUUGCUAUUACACAGUCUACCUUCCAAAACAAUUUGGGUUCUUCAGGGGUGCAGUCAUUUAUUUUUGGUACAAUACCCAACUAUUGCCUGUUGCGGCAUGAGGAUAGAUGGGCAUCUUUACGAAAGUCCUUACAGAAUACAGGAAACUCGAAAUUUAAUUUAAGCCAACUUAUUAAGAAGUCACAUCACAAGUUCCUGGUUAAAGCUGUGGCUACUCUUGAGCCAAAGUGUUCAGUUCAAACUAUAGAUGAAGAGAAGCGGAACAAAGUACUGUCAUUUAAUGCUGAACCACAUGAAGAAGAUAGCGAGGAAGUUGCUGAGAGAGAAAAGUUGAGGCGCAAACGGAUUUCUAAAGCAAAUAAAGGAAACACGCCAUGGAACAAAGGCAGAAAGCACAGUCCUGAAACUCUUCAACGUAUCAGGGAGAGGACCAGACUUGCUAUGCAGAACCCUAAGGUGAAAAUGAAGUUGGCAAACAUUGGUCACUCUCAAACUCCAGAGACGAGGGAAAAAAUUGGUGUUGGAGUGAGACUAGGCUGGCAAAAGCGCCGCGAAAAGCUGUUGCUUCAGGAAACUUGCCUCUUUGAUUGGCAGAACUUGAUAGCUGAAUCUGCUAGAAAAGGUUUGCUGGAAGAGGAAGAGUUGCAGUGGGAUUCCUACCAGGUCAUGAAUGAGAGAUUACAGCAAGAAUGGUUGGCUAGCAUUGAGUAUAGGAAAACAACACCUAGACCCAAAGGUAGUAAGAGGGCACCCAAAUCUCUUGAACAACGGAGAAAAAUUGCUGAGGCCAUUGCUGCUAAAUGGGCUGAUCCUGAAUAUCGGUCAAGGGUGACUUCCGCCUUGGCUAAAUAUCAUAAUAUACCAGAAGGGGCCGAGAGAAAGGUAAGGAGAAAACCAAGUGGUAGAUCACAGUCCCCAAGAACUCCGAAGAAGAAGGUCAACGAUGGAGAAAGCUCUGCUUCAUCUGAAACAAAGGUACACACUCAAAAACCCAAGUCGAAGAAGAGGACUGCUCCGAAAUACAAGGAUCCUUUGGCGAAUUCCAAACUGGAAAUGCUGAAGACUAUCAGGGCAAAGAGAGGGGUAUCAGAAGCAAAGAAGAACGAAGCCUUAGAACAAGCAAAGCUCCUCAUAGCAGAAGCAGAGAAGGCUGCAACGGCCCUCGAGAUUGCGGCAAAGAGAAGCCCUGUUGCCCGAGCUUCCCUCAUCGAGGCGAGAAAGCUUAUUGCUGAAGCAACUCAAUCUAUUGAAUCAAUAGAAAACCAAGAUCCUUCUUCUGAAUAUGAUACGACUACGGGCCCACAAAAUCAUGAAAAUCCCGUCACAGAUGAUCAUGUAGGGGUGAACGGGACUGGCACCGGGUUUGUCCAGAAAACUGAUGACCAAAAUCCCGUUAUUGGCGCCUAUAACACGCCUAUGCUGGAAGAAAUGGGUAUGAAUCACAAGCUUCCUAGUAGAUUUGGAGGGUAUGAAUUUUCGAAGCUCGAUAUUGGGAGUUUUAUAGGGAAAAAAUCAGAGUUAAGAGAGCUUAUUGAUCAACAACAUGUACAUGAACUAAAUGGUACUACCAAAUUGAACGGGUUGUCUUCGCACCAUCACGUUACUAAGUCGCAAAACCACGAGGAAAGAGUACCUCCGAUUUCUGCAAAAACGGCGACUAAAAAGUGGGUUUGUGGAAGAUUGGUUGAAGUUGAAGAAGAUGAGUAAAAUGCAGUAUGUUCACAUAGCAGCAGAUUUAAUUUUGUAUUUUCAGUGUUUUUAAAAAAACAUUCAUUGAUGAUGAUUAUUAUUAAUACUUCAGUAGUUUUUCAAGAGUUUUGUUAGUUGCAGGAAUCAUGUUUGUAUAUGUUGUAUUGGAAGAAUUGAUUAGGUUUAAGAUAAUAGUCUUUGGUAGA